UCCACCUCUUGAUACCGGUGUUAAGCUCAGCUCUUUCGUUGGACUUGGUUUUAGUGCUGCUACCAAUGAGUACAAGGUACUUAACACUAGCUGUUCGCGUCGGGCGCAGAUGUACACCAUUGGAACAGGAGUGUGGAGAGACAUUGGAAAGCCUCCUUAUGGCGCUGUGCGAUCACCAUUCAAUGCUUUUCUACAUGGAGCUCUUCAUUGGGCUACGCAGCAUUGGACUGGUGAUGAAUUUAUGCAUUCAUUCAACUUCGAAACAGAAAAGUUUGAAACAAUACCCCCACCUAGCCACUUUGCCCCAAAAGAUAAACUUAAAGAGUGGUUGACCUUGGGAGUGUUAGAAGGUUGUCUCCUGUUAUGUGUGUUUGAUGAUGAUUCUAGCAAAUUUGAAAUGUGGAUUAUGAGAGAUUAUGGUGUCCAAGACUCUUGGACGAAGAUUUUUGUUAUUGAAAACUUGUACCCAAGAAGAUAUCAACCUGAAGAGUAUGGACCAAUUAUGUUUUUGAGUAAUGGUGAAAUUCUAAUGUCCUAUGGUGUUGGUGCUGUGGUUUGUUAUAACCCAGAAACAAAGAGUUUCAGGAAAACUAGUAUUGCUCCGACUGAGUCAGAAUUUGUUGCAGUUGCCUACAGUCCAUCAUUUGUUUCACUCUACGAUAUUGCAAAAGGAGAGGAGGUGGAAAGGAUAAGAAACAAUGAGAAUUUCAACAAGCUGUUUAGUGAAGGGAGUAGUAGUGCUGCUGGUUCUGGAACGUCAGCUCACCAGUGCACAAAUCUAAACCCAGGCUCUUGCCCACCUGGUGUUGAAGAGGCUCUCCCUAAACCUAUUAUUACAACUUCCUCUGCAACUAGCAAUGAGCAAGUGGAUUUUGCUCUGAGGAUUGGGAGUAAGUGCGCUAUAUGUGGUGGGCAAUUGGGUUAUGUUUUCAGAGGAAAAGGGUUCGCAAUGUGUCAAAAAUGUUUUGAUGCUAGUUCCUCUUGAGAAAUCUUCAGUUCCUUUUUGUAAGGCAGCAAAAGGCUUCUUUUUGGUACUUACAUCCCUCACUGUAACUCUAUCUCUACAGAGCUGGUGAUGAUGAACUUUUGUUGUGUUUAGAUUUAUUAUUUUGCAAGUACUUGUUGACUAUGCAUUUCCCUAUUUUACAAGUCCUUUAGCUAAAAUAUUCCAAUGGCUUCAUUUACAUGAACAUUAAGUGUAUUAUAAAGUUUAUGAUCCUGAACUGUACUCUAAAGUAUUAUGCAAAAGUUUACAAGUCUUUGCGACCUUUUUGUUGUGCUUCUUGGG